GGAAGGGAGCUGGGUGGCGAGGAAGGCAACGCCAUUUUCGCACAGCGUUAGUCCUACUAAAUUAGUCUCUAGUGAUGUUAGACCUAGCUGGGUAGUUAAAUGAAAUUAAAAGUAGCUCGUGUAUUUAGCUAACUUGAAAGAGCAUGUAACAGGCGAAUACAUGUCCUUUUUGUUUCGCAAUCUCUUGACUUUGGUAUGUAGUCACCGAUGAUGCAGCGAUAAGCAAUCAAAUUCGCGGCGUGACAGCUAUGUUAAGGUUAGCUAGCUAAACUGCAUUGGUUUAGGUGUCUCCGGUCAGUAAGGAAGACAAGGGCAAGAUAUUAAAUAGUUCGCUAGGUUAGCUGAGAGAAGUUUAUAAACAGUUAAUAAUUAGGUCUUUGGGGUAUACAACAUUUCAGUUUUGAAUCAGAUUGAAGUCGGACUAACACUUUACUUUGGGGCAACGGAUGUUCAAUAGAACGGAUGCGUGAGAACAUGUCCACCAUGGUGUGUUUGAAGGAGGAGGAAGACCCUGGGGAGAAGCUGUCACAGGAUGAGAUCAUCUCCAGGACCAAGCAGGUGAUCCAGGGCCUGGAGGCUCUGAAGCAGGAGCACAACUCUAUCUUGGAGGGCUUGCUGGGCACGCUGCGCUGCCUGAAGCAGGAAAACCAGGGUGUCCUGGUGGAGGAGAAGUCCCUCAUGAUCCGCAAGUCCCUGGAGAUGCUGGAGCUGGGCCUGAGCGAGGCACAGGUGAUGAUGGCGCUGUCGGGCCACCUGAGCUCUGUGGAGUCGGAGAAGCAGAAGCUGCGGGCACAGGUUCGUCGGCUGUGCCAGGAGAACCAGUGGUUGAGGGAUGAAUUGGCGGGCACCCAGCAGAAGCUGCAGAAGAGUGAGCAGAGCGUGGCUCAGCUGGAGGAGGAGAAGAAACACCUGGAGUUCAUGAACCAGCUCAAGAAGUACGACGAGGAUCUGUCGCCAUCGGAGGAGAAGGACUCUGACUCCAGUAAAGAGAAUCUGGAUGAUCUGUUCCCAGACGACCAGGAUGACCAACCUCCUGGCAUCCAGCAGCCCCACGGUAGUGCAGCAGCAGCAGCAGCCCAGCAGGGAGGCUAUGAGAUCCCGGCCCGCCUGAGGACCCUUCACAACCUGGUGAUCCAGUACGCCUCCCAGGGCCGCUACGAGGUGGCCGUGCCCCUCUGCAAACAGGCCCUGGAGGACCUGGAGAAGACCUCCGGACACAACCACCCAGACGUGGCCACCAUGCUCAACAUCCUGGCCCUGGUCUACAGGGACCAGAAUAAAUACAAAGAGGCAGCCAACCUGCUGAAUGACGCCCUGGCCAUCAGGGAGAAGACUCUGGGCAGGGACCAUCCAGCGGUGGCUGCUACACUCAACAACCUGGCUGUGCUCUACGGGAAACGGGGGAAGUACAAGGAAGCGGAGCCCCUUUGCAAGAGGGCUCUGGAGAUACGGGAGAAGGUUCUGGGUAAGGACCACCCAGACGUUGCCAAGCAGCUGAACAACCUUGCCCUGCUGUGUCAGAACCAGGGCAAGUAUGAGGAGGUGGAGUACUACUACCAGCGGGCCCUGGAGAUCUACCAAACCAAACUGGGCCCUGAUGACCCCAAUGUGGCCAAGACCAAAAACAAUCUGGCAUCCUGUUACCUGAAGCAGGGGAAGUUCAAGCAGGCUGAAACUCUGUACAAAGAGAUCCUUACCCGCGCACAUGAGAGGGAGUUUGGCUCUGUAGACGAUGAGAACAAACCCAUUUGGAUGCAUGCUGAGGAGAGAGAGGAACAGAACAAGGGAAAGCAGCAGGACGGCUCCAUGUUCGGAGAGUAUGGAGGCUGGUACAAGGCCUGUAAAGUAGACAGCCCCACAGUAACCACCACCCUGAAGAAUCUGGGCGCCCUCUACAGGCGGCAGGGUAAAUUUGAGGCGGCAGAGACACUGGAGGAGGCAGCCAAGCGCUCCAGAAUACAGGGUCUGGACACAGUGCACAAGCAGCGUGUGGUGGAUGUUCUGAGCGAGCCGGAGGAGCAGGAGAAGCAGCGGAGCCGUGAGAGUCUGACCUCCGACACCACGGUCAAGUACGAGAGCGGCCCGGACGGGGGCGAGGAAGUGAGUAUGAGCGUGGAGUGGAACGGGGACGGUUCUGGUUCUCUGAAGCGGAGCGGCUCCUUCAGUAAACUCCGUGCCUCUAUUCGCCGCAGCAGCGAGAAACUGGUCCGCAAGCUGAAGGGCGGUGGCUCACGGGAGAGCGAGCCCAAAAACCCUGGCAUGAAGCGAGCCAGUUCACUAGGUGUUCUAAACAUGGUGGACAAUGCUGCCGGAGACCUCUACCAAGAGCAAAAUAAUCAUCUGACAAACAGUCGUGACCUGAGUGCCAGCCACAAUGACCUGGCACAUUGAAGGUUAGAACUGAGUGGAGAGGUGAAAGGUCGUGGGAUCAGUCUCCUGACCCCCCCACCCCCAAUCUUCAGAUCCUGCCUCCGCCUAUGAGUUGUCCCCCUCCAAUAUAAUCCUGUACAUAGCUGACUAACUGUUAAACCCCCCCCCCAGGUUAAACCAAACAAACCCUUCCUAAACUACACACAACCGUCCAUCUGCUCACUACAGCUGGCUACAGCACGUAGGUUUAACAAUCUAAUUGCACUUUGAUCUAGUCGCUGGUUUUCUUAGAGGGUGUUUUUAUUGAAAUGUUUUCUCUUAAUAUCAAAAUAUAUUUUUGCAACAUGAUAUUAGUUAUAAUGAAGGACAAGUGUAUAAUGCUAAGUCAAGUGUGAGUGGAUGUAAGUGUGCACCUAUAUUUUUGUGAUUGAAUGCUCAUGAGAGAGAACAUUCAUUUUUAUUUUCUGUGUGGUUGCUUUUUUCUACCUUUCCUCCACAGAUCUAAAGAAUAACUUAGAUAAUUUGGUUAUCACUUUAAUGGAAUAGGUGAGCAGUUCAGGAGGUCACAAUAGAGUAUCUCAUUCCCCCUUUAUGUCCAAAUUGAUGUCCUGUGUGUCUUUAUUGAAGUGAUAGCUGUGCUUAUAUGAAGUUUAAUGUUUACAUUUGGGUUGUGUAAAUUGUUUUAUUGUAUUUCCUACGCUGCUCUGGGGGAAUCUUUUGUUUCUUGGCAUCAGAGUUCUAGAAACUGAUAGUUCUGCCUCUUUUUAUAGUGAUAUUACUUACUGCAAUUGAAGAAACUGCUCCAUGUAUAUGAAGUUAUGAGGCAGGAGCGUUGUGUUGGCACAUGAAGUAUAUCUUGUCGAUUUCUCAGGAUUGUCACAGAACAGAAGAUCACUAGCCAGGCUAGUUUUGAUAUUAUACACUGACUGCACAAGAUAUUUAACACCAACCUGUUACAGUCAAAUGCAAUUUCCAGUAAUAGGUGAAUAACAUUGUUACAAUCUAGAGUAGAAACAUUGUUUAACAAUUUGUACCAGUCUGUUUCUGGAUGUUGAAUGAUGAAUUAAGAGUAAGACUGUGUAUAAAGAGUGAAAUUAAUCUUAAAGGACUUGUACUUUAUGAAUAUCCAACCAAAAAGUGAACAUUUUUAAUAGAUCUAUUGCAGGUCUGUCACCACCAUAUUUGCAUUGUUUUACUUUGUUCUCAAAACUUUAAAAUUAGUGUUUUUUCGUUUCUGGACCAUGCUUUAUUUUGGUUCACAGACAUCACCCUACUGACCCUUGACAUGGGUGUGGACUGCUUGUUUGGUGGACUGUGUUAAUGUGGGCUGUUGAUGGGGAUGUGUGAUAUCGUUCUCUAUUGUAAGGAAGGUGACUAACAUUUGACUUUAGAAAGCAUAGGACAAGGGUCGCCCCCAGUCCCUCACCAGGAACAGCACUAGUUAGGGAUAAAGGGAAAACACCGGUUAGACUGUCCAAGGAACAGGACUUAUUUUAAUGAUGAACAAGCUAACUGUCAUGAGCAGAGUGUACCACCGUGUAGUGAGUAAUUUGCUUAGUAAAUACCAGAAAUUGUUUGAGCAUUUCAAGCAGAGGUCUGUGGUAUAGUUAACUUUAUACUGCAGUUUGUAAAAA